GCCGAGAGCUGAAAGCAGGAAGGAACACGCUAUCUGAACAACAACCAUAGGAUUAUGUUGGAUUUAACUUUCCUGUGGAAUUCAUCCCACCUGUCCACAGCCUUCAAGGACACUUAACAGUUUCUCUGUCCUCCCUGGUCUCCAUCUUCAGUGAUGGCUGAUUGGAGUUGGGUGGCCUACACAGUACUAGAAGUGCUUAUCGCUGUGGCCUGUUGCCUUGGCAAUGUGUUGGUGGUGUGUGCGGUGUGUAUUGGUAUCCGGGAUUCCCUCCGAGAGCCCACCUUCUGCUUCCUCGUCUCCCUGGCUGUGGCUGACUUCCUGGUGGGCGUGGCCGCCGUGCCCCUGGCUGUACUGUUGGACGGCUGGGUGAGCGUGACCCCUGACCUCUGCCUACUUCUCAGCUGUGUCGUGCUCGUGCUGACUCAGGCGUCUGUGCUGUCACUGCUUGCUAUCGCCGUGGAUAGAUACCUCCGGUUACACACACCGCUCAGAUACAAAGCCCUGGCCACACAGAGGCGUACAUGUAUUGCCGUGUCUGUGUGUUGGACUCUUUCCUGCCUGCUGGGGUUCACCCCUCUGUUUGGCUGGCGCAACCACACCUCCUCCUCUCUAUCAUCUGAUUCCACCAAUACAUCCUCCUCCUCUUCCUUCAUCUCUCCGCCCUGCACCUUCCUCUCAGUUAUCUCCCUCCCCUUCAUGGUUUACUUCAACUUCCUGGGCUGUGUCAUGGCACCCCUGCUGGUCAUGACCCUCCUCUACACUCGAAUCUUCUGGAGCCUGCAGGGCCGUCUGAAGGAGAGCUGUCCCCAGGCCCAGGCCUCUCUGCUCAGGGAGAAGAGGCUGGCCUGCUCCCUGGCUCUGGUUCUCAUUUUGUUUGCCAGCUGCUGGAUUCCUCUGCACCUGAUGAACUGUCUGUUGCUGUUUCACGGUCCUCAAGCUGUCACACGGGGGACGCUCUAUACAGGUAUUCUGCUGUCUCAUGCCAACUCGGCAGUCAACCCUGUGGUCUACGCUUGUCGCAUCCCAAAGAUCCAACAGGCCUACAGUCAAAUAUGGAGGCGCUUCAUCGUGAGGCUGAACUGUUGCCAUGGGGACAAGCGAGCUCGCCGAUCGAUAAAAGGCAGCCGAGCCAAUCACACAGAGACGUGUGGAUCAGGAGGGAUGACCACGCCUUAACAGUCAUUUUAAAUCCAGCAUGUGUCAGGAGGUUUUUCACUCACUCACACAAGAAAAUCUGACAAUUACUGCAUCCAACAAUCAUUUAUUACACAUAACACCAACUGAGGAAAUACAAGAAUCCAGUGAGCGAAUUUGUGCGCAGUGUUUCGUUUGAAUGAAACUUAAUCCACCUACACCUUUAUCUGCAAACUUUAUUUAAGUCACAGCUAUCUCCCGAAUCUCCACCGGAGGGUGCUGUCGACUAACGAACUCACUAGCUGCUGUUGUACACAAACCAUGAAACCAUCAAAGUUGCAGUAGGUGACAAACAAAACAAUUUCAAGAUCUCAUUCACUGAGUUUUUGAGGCACAUAUGACUUUAUUGAGAUGUACAUAUUUUUUGUCAUUUCAGUCAAUUCAUCCCUUUCCUUUUUGCAGCACAUAUCUACUCGCUCCUUUCUUUCUGAAAUCUACAAAUAAACGUGAUACCAUCAUGAGA